GGAGGAGGAGGAACUGAGAGGCGUUUGGUCGCAAAGGGAGAUGGCACAAUUAUCAUAGUGGAGGAACCACCAGGGAAACAGCCACGGAACAUGGCAGUGCCUCCCCCAAGGCCAGUGGGGAGAGAAAUUGGGAAUGGGAAGAUGGGUCCUAUACGACCUGGUGAUAUUGGAAGCCGACAAAUGCCUAUCAACAUUGAUGAAGAUAGCUCAUCAGCAGAGGAGCGGCCAUGCAACUGGAAUGGAACAAUAAUGAAACGGCCUCUUUCCAAGGAGGAAAAAACAUUUUCAAAACCGGAGGCUCCGGGUCACCAAGCACAGAAAGAGCGAGGUGGGAGAGAGCGAUGUCUGAUAUGUCGGCGUGCAGCGUGCUUGAAGGGUUCGAAGCUACUUCGCUGCAAUUUGUGCCCACGGUCUUGCCACAUGGGUUGUCUGAGCUCUUCUGGGGACAAUGAUGCAGCAGCCAAAAGCGCGCAAGCAAAUUUCAGAUGGCAGUGUGCAAAGUGCCAUCGCAAGGAAGCUGCAAGGUUGAAAAGGCUUCAGGAGCAGGAAGAUCGGAUGAGGCGAAAACAGAUACAGCAGCUUGCAAAGCAGGAAGAAAAGGAAGAAAGGGAACGUUAUCGACUGGAGAAAAGAGAGGAGCGGGAGCGAAAGAAGCAGGAAGACCGGGAAGAGAAGUUCAGGCACCGUGUGGAGGAGCGGGAGAGGAGAAGGAAAGAAAGGAUGAUGGCAAAACGGAGGAACUGGCAAUAUCCCGUGGAGGAUCUGGAGCUACAGGAUGAAGAAGAAGCAAAUGAGGCUGCAUCAGGCAUAGAGGGUGCCCCUUGCCUAGCCUCAGUUAAACAGCAGUGUCCGAAGCCGCGGCCUGUAGAGCGGCUUCUCAUAGCUAGUGCCUUUGGUCCUGGAAAGUUGACACCUUGGUUGUUUGGGACUAUGCUGGAAGUGUGGGACUUCUGCCAAGGUGUUGGAAAGAAGCUGAAGUGCCCACAGCCGGGCCUUGUUCAAUUCAUGACUGCAGUCAGCAUUUCUAGCAGAAGCCAUAUUUUGGGGGAUCUGUAUGUGAGUCUUCUUAGGGCAUUGCUUGACAUUGGAGCCGGGCAGAACCCCGGUGGUCGGGAGGGAGCAGGUGUGAGUGAAGAGACCCUUGCUCGCUGGGCACGGCUUCUUGACUCGACGACAUGGCCAGAGCUAGUUAGGAGGUAUUUUAUAAGGGGCUACAACCAGCUGUGUAAGCCUGUGAAGCAGGCAGUGCAGAAGCUGGGUUGUGUUAAUUAUUGGGAGUUGGAUUGUGAGAGCCAUCUUGCACUGCUUAAGUGCCUAUGUGAUGAUAUCCUUGACGCUGAUAGGAUGAAACAGUUCUUGGAGAGUCAGAUGGAGGCAGCAAUCGUCCUUUGCAAAGGCAAGCGUGCUGAAGAAAUGGAGGAACGGCGGAUAAAGAAUGAGAAGAACAGACAGAAAGAUGCAGCAACAACCCCGGCUCAGCUCAUUCCACUAUCAGAAAACCCUUUUGCACCACUGGAAAGGGAGGACGACCUCGCGGCCUUCUUUGCAGAGAAGUACUGUGCAGUCAAAGAUGACCAGAGCAUGGAGAUAGACGGGACCAAUGCAACGCAGGAAGAAAAAGCUAAGGAGAAGAGGAAAAAUCUGCCGAAGGCUUCUGAGAGGAAAACGAGAGUAGGGCAAGCUGACAGUCAAUCCUCCCAAGAAGGAGCAAUCAAUGCUGGUCAGGGUUCCUUCGGCCAGACGGAAGGAAGCUGGGACCUGACGGAGGAUGUUCUGAAGAGGGUUCGCCAUGGUAGCCUCAUCGCUUUCAGAGGAUACUGCAACAAGAGAAGACCUAUAUUUGCUUAUGCUCUUGGUCUCUCGGACUUUGUGGGGGCAACGGUGGAGGAGCACGUGGCUGCACACAUUCAGUUGAACGAGUAUGGAGACAGGGUCAUUCUGCCUGAAGCCUCGGCGAGGAUGGGUAGACCCAUCGUUUCGUGCAUAAAAGUUCUCGAUACGCCGGGACUAAAGAUGUCAGCCCUAUCAAAGCUGAAGAUUGUUACGGCCAUCGCAUCAAUUGAUGAUCUGAACUAUCCAGAGAAGACAGACACAUACUACAUUGUUAAUACGCCGUAUGUCUUCUCGACAUGCUGGAAGGUGGUGAAAAACCUUUUGCAGGAACGCACAAGGCACAAAGUGAAAGUGUUGCAUGGAAAUGGUCAUGAUGAAUUGUUGAAGGUAAUGGAUGAAUCGUGCUUACCACCGUUUGCGACAAGGAGGUCGUCGCAUGUGAUCGAUCCUUGCUACACAUUGAGGGAUCCUUUCUAUCAGGCAAUGCAAAAGUUUGUUCACUUACGCUCUGAUGAAGCGAAGUCCAUCUCGGGAUGUAGCGCUGAAGUGGUGAAAGCCGAGGGUGCUGAUGAGGGUGCGUUGAACUACUGGUACCUCGAAGACGAAGCUGGAGCAACGGCGCUGCAGGAGAAGCGUAGGGAGAAGGAUCUUAGAGCUGCUGAAAGGGAAGAACGCCUGGCAGCUUGGAGAACAAGAAUGGCAACAAUGGCAGCUGUAAAUGGAAGCCAAGAGGGAGCCGCUGCGGCAAUUGAGAAUGUGGCGGAAGCAGAGCAAGAGCCGACUUUUGAAGUCCCUGAACAUAUACGAGAAUUCAAAGGCGACCACAGUGACAGGCGUGCUGUGCUAGCACAUAAGGAGAUGGUGCGGCGAGAGGAAGAGCGAUUGCAAAGGUUGAAGGUGGACUACAUGAAGAGAAAAGAGAAAGAGCUGAGAGCUGCAAAAAGAGCCAGGGAAGAGGAGCAGCGGAAGGCAGAGGAGGCUGUGAAACUGAGGGAAGAGAGAGAGAAGAAGAGGGACGAGGCAUUUGAAAGGGAGAUGUGCAAGCUUAUAUUGAGAGCACAGCCUCUUGGAAAAGACCGGUAUCAUAAUCGGUAUUGGUGGUUUCCAGCAGAGUCGUGUGUGCUAUUUGUUGAGGAGUCACUCAAAGGGCUGGGUGUUCCAGAUGAGAAUGGUGGGGGUUACGUUGAUGCAGAUGGUCAGUUGCAGCAGCAACAAUGGUGGGGCUACUCGACCAAGGAAGAAUUGGAUGCGCUAAUCAAAUCUCUUAAUCCGAAGGGAAUACGCGAGAGUGCAUUGCAGGCUUCAAUCACGCAUGUUUAUGACAAGAUUUGCCAGGCAACUGAGAAGAAGAGGUUAGGUGUAGAUGGAAGCCAGAGUUUGGAGGAAGCUCUGGAUGGAACGUUAGAAGAUGGGCAGAAGGCUGAUGGUUGUAAUCAGGAGGCCAUGAAGAUGCAAACAGCCAUUGAAGGCGUGCUGGUGACCUUGCAGGCAAGUCCAGCAUAUGCUGUGAUUUCUGAUUGCUUAUAUCGCCGUGCUAGAUGAAGGGGAAAGUCGUGGAUAUGAAUUUUCUUCAAAUUUCUUGUGAGAUCUUGAGUUGGAGUACUCUAUAAUGGUCUUUUGGCUCAUGUCGUGCCUACAUAGUACAUUUCUUAUUUUUCUUUUUUCGUUUUUUUUUCUUGACAGAAUAAAGCCCCAUCUAUUCU